AUGCCGCUGAUUAAGGACCCAGAUGAUACUAGUUUUCUUCAAGGUGGGUUUCACCUGCUUGAACACCAGGAGAAAGCGCUGCACUGGUUGGUGCAGCGCGAGAAGCAGUUUCCUAAGAUGGAACAGUUCGACCGGAUCCGGAAGGGGGAGAUACCCUUGUGGACCAUCAGCAAGGACGGGAAAUUCCAAAACACCGCUAUGGGAGUGUCAGGAUCGAAAUCGACAAAGUCGAGAAAUUUGUAAUGCAUAAAGUGCAGCGCACGCAAGGCCUGUGUAGGGGAGCAGGCAAAUGAGACCUAUUGCAAGCCUGUUGAAGGGAAGACGAUGUGCUGCCAGAGUAGCAUGACAGGAGCAGUCUUCUUUGCCCAAAGAAACAGAAUGACAGACUGGAUUUUGAUGGUGCUCCCGAGAUUGUUAAUGCGGCAUUUGGAAACUGAGGCUCCAACUGGUAUCGGUUUCAUGCAUGACGAAUUCUUUCGAUUUUGUUGAUUUCGAUUCUGACGCUUCCAUAACCGCAACACUGGCGCGUUUCACGACCAUUCCGAAGAUCCCGCGCGGGGGCUUUUUGUCCGACGAAAUGGGCCUGGGGAAGACCAUUUCCCUCCUCGCCUGCAUCGCCCACGAUUUGAAGUUUGGCCACACGAAGGAAAACUACUCGGAU